UUGCGUAGCGAAAUAGACAAAGAAACCAAAUCAUCGCAACGAAGUCCACCAAGAACCAAAGCCCUCUGAAGCUACUCCCAUCGAAGUCGAAGAAAUGGCGAGGAGCACCAUCAAAGACUCAGCUCCCACUCCUUCAUGGUUCACGCCCAAAAGGUUACUUAUGAUCUUCUGUGUAAUUAACAUGAUAAAUUAUGUGGAUCGAGGAGCAAUAGCAAGCAAUGGUGUAAAUGGUAGUCUUGGGACUUGCACGGAGAGUGGCAUCUGUACUUCGGGUAGCGGGAUUCAGGGGGAUUUUAACUUGAACAAUUUUCAAGAUGGUGUUCUAUCUUCUGCAUUUAUGGUUGGACUUCUGGUAGCUUCUCCAAUAUUUGCAUCCUUGGCAAAGAGCUACAAUCCUUUUAGGCUUAUUGGAGUUGGGUUAUCUGUUUGGACAAUUGCUGCAGCUGGGUGUGGUGGUUCGUUUGAUUUUUGGUCCAUUGCAAUAUGUCGCAUGCUGGUUGGUGUUGGAGAGGCUUCUUUCAUAAGUCUUGCUGCUCCAUUUAUAGAUGACAAUGCGCCUGCUGCACAGAAAACAACAUGGCUUGCAACUUUUUACAUGUGUAUACCAACUGGAGUUGCUCUAGGCUAUGUCUAUGGUGGAUUAGUUGGAAACAACUUGAAUUGGCGUUAUGCAUUUUUUGGAGAGGCAUUUUUGAUGCUUCCAUUUGCUGUUCUGGGUUUUGUGAUGAAGCCUUUGCAAUUGAAAGGUUUUGCUCCUGUUGAAUCAAAAAAAGCAUCGACAUCUAUUGAAACUGUUUCUCCUGCAAUUGAAGAUUCAAAGGUCUCAGAUAUAAAUGGUUGUGUUGUCGCUCGAGAUGAAGGUAUUGGUGCUCAAGCCUCUAGUGAAGCUUCCAAGUCAAGGGGUGCAUUCAAUAUUUUGAAUCAGUUAUCUAGAUUUUGGAAAGACAUGAAAGUGCUUUUGCUUGAUAAAGUCUAUGUUGUGAAUGUUUUAGGUUACAUAUCAUACAACUUUGUUAUUGGAGCAUACUCAUACUGGGGACCAAAGGCUGGUUAUAACAUUUAUCAUAUGAAUAAUGCAGAUUUGUUGUUUGGAGGGAUCACAAUUGUUUGUGGAAUCUUUGGGACGUUAUCUGGAGGUCGCAUCCUGGAUUACAUGAGUGCCACAAUCUCUAAUGCAUUUAGGCUUCUUUCUGCAGCAACAUUACUAGGUGCAAUGUUUUGCUUCAGUGCCUUUUGUUUUAGAAGCUUGUAUGGUUUUGUAGCCCUUUUCUCAGUGGGUGAGAUACUUGUCUUUGCUACACAGGCUCCUGUUAAUUAUGUGUGUCUCCGUUGUGUCAAACCAAGUCUGAGGCCAUUGUCUAUGGCUAUCUCGACUGUUUCAAUCCACAUCUUUGGUGAUGUGCCUUCCGCACCUCUUGUUGGGAUCCUUCAGGAUCAUGUUAACAAUUGGAGGGAAACAUCACUUAUUCUGACAUCUGUUCUGUUUAUCGCUGCUGGAAUAUGGUUUAUAGGGAUCUUCCUGAACAGUGUGGACAUGUCUGCUGAAGAAGGUGAAAAUCACAUCUCCACGGUUGAGAAGACCACCAUGAAGCCAUUGCUGGCAGAGAACAGAAAUGAGAUGCUAGAUGACUCUAGCGAAGCAUAAGUUUCUAUAAUGCUAUUUUGAAACUAUGCUUUUCACUUGCUUUAGCCCCUACAGUAGCCUUCCGCUUGCUUCCUCCCGAAUGCAAUGCAAAAUUUGAUAAUUUACUUGCAUGUCUUUUGACUGGUGAUUUGAGGUGGAAAUAUACAGCAUUCUUCUGGGUUUUUUAAGGUGCUCUUCCAGAUUGGUAACCUGAUAGUUGGACAAAGGUGAGCAGCUACCCUCUCUCUGGUUCAUGUCUUCUAAGCCUAGAAUUCUUCAAGGAAUGACUUUGAGGAAGGGUAACUCCAACCUCUUAACAGUAAAUCUGAC